UCGCCUCCCACUGAACCGUCGCUCCAAAAAACCCGCUGCAACAGCGAAAUACAAGAAGAAAAAAAUUCAAAAUCAUCUCAAACCUAAACAACUUUCUUUUUCAAAUCUCAAAAGCUCUCCAUUUUCCAACCCCCAAAUCAAUGAGCUUCUCAACCGCAGUCCCGAAUUUGAAGAUUUGGGACAACGCCGCUUUUGACGCCGACGAUCACGCCGGAGCAAAACCAUUGCUUCCCCUGCAACCCAUCUCCAUGAACGUCUCCAAAUCACCCGAUCUUGAUCAGAGCAAGAAGAAACCAUCCAAGCAGCCUUGCAAGCAGAACUUUGGAGAAAUCCGCAAUCACGACAAUGUAGACGCCGAGAUUGAAGAACUGGAGAAGGAAAUCCGGCGACUUUCUCUGAAGCUGGAGGCUCUGCUCAUCAAAAAGGCCGAAAGAGAAUUCAAGAUCGCCACUGCACGACGUGGAAGGAUCGUACCGGCAAAGUUCAUGGAGCAGAAGCCCUCUCCGGCUUCUAAGAAGAUAGAAGAAUCUCCAGCGAGAUUCAGCCGGAGGGGUCUCAGUCUAGGUCCUUCGGAGAUCUAUGGAAGCGUUGGGAAGUCAUGCUUUCAGAAGCUUGAAGGCAUCCGAGAAGAAAACAGCCCAAUUCCUCUUCUAACCACGGCCACUGAAAUCCAUGGAUGCAAGAAGGAUGCUUCCAGUUCUGGUUACCGGCGAAGAGGCCAAAGCCUUGGCCCAUCAGAGAUUGGUUUGAAUUCUCGAUCUCGUUUGCCCAAUAAGCUUCAACAAAUAAAGGAAAAAAAGAAGAGACAGAGCUUGAGUAUGAGUCCUAGAUCUCGAAAGCCAUCCAUUUCAACUAUAUCCGAGUUAAGGAAGGGGAUAGCGACCGUUAGUGCCAUAAAAGCAAUCAAAAGAGAGGAUUCCAUUCUAAGAAGCUUCAAUUCCAAGAAACUUUUUCAGGAGGAACAGAAUCAAAUCUCCAGCAAAAAGCCAUCAAAGAAUGCUAGGGUGAGGAUUGUUGCGAGCCGUUACAGCCUUGCCGAGCCAGAAAGCAAACGUAGGAAGUGGUCUAUAUUGGAGCCUCAGAAGCGCUCCUUUUCUCUUGGAGAAUCAUCAAAAGUCUCGGAAUCACCGAAAAAGGGAGAAGAAAAUGGCAAGCCCUUGUUGAUUCCGAGCUCUCCUCCAUCAAUCAUGAAGAUAGCUACAAUGCUUCCAAGGAUUAGAACGUUGAGGAAUAAGGAUUUGAGCCCGAGGGACUCGGGAUGUGCUAAGAGAGCUUCUCAGUUGGCUGAUAAUAAAUCUCAUUUUAGUAUGGAGGAUGAUCAAGUUGGCGUUGUCUCUCCCUGCAAAUUCCCUGAACUAUGAAGAGUAGCGAAGUCGGGUGAGUUAGUAAUGUUCUUGAUGGUUUACUGAUUUGUGUUGCCUUAAGAAGUGAAUAUUUGCUUGCAAAAAUCGGUUGUUUUCAAGUUGGAUUUCUUGCUAUUGGAAGUGGAUUUCAUGAAAGAAUUUUGUGCUAGUAUCCUACAGGCCAAAGUUUUGUUGGGGCCAUCGAUGUGUAUGGUUCAUUGUUGUUAUUUUCUUUGCCUCUUGUGCAAUAUGAUGGUAUUGUCCAUUUUGUUUGGAAAUUGCUCAAAUGGGAGGUGGGGCUUUCAUUUACUUAUCUUUUAGAUUAUAUUAUUCAUAUUUUUUGUCAAAAUUGUAUAUUGAUGUAAAAAUUUUAUU